UUACAGUGUAUGAUGUUGGCUAAGGAGUUGCAGCGCGAAUAAUUGGUGUGAAACACCUCGGUUAAUUUGCGAAAUUGCGCCCCCCCUCCCCUCGUUUUGGUAUUUAUUUUUUCGCUCCUACGCGCGGAAAGACUCGGCGCUCUGAGGGCGCUCCGUGUUUUCAAAGCCCGAGAUAGUCGGUGUCAGGAGGACCACUGUUUUGUUGAUGUCAUCCGCGGCAGAGCUGUAGCGACCUUCAAUUUCCAGGCAAGCCCGGGAUAAAUAAAGACUCGGCUUGGGGCGGGAUUUUUUUUUGUCUUCUUUGUUAUUGUUUUCUUGGCUGGUGACACUAUCAACGAGGAUGAGACUUUUGCUGCACUGUGUCCUGCUGUUAUCCGUUUGCACUUUCACAGCCGGUUUGGAUUUCAAGCCGGGAUCCAAACCUCUCGGACAGUCGGUUUUUGUGAAGCAUUCAAACACUGUAGAGAAAGCUGCGAAAAUCGCCAAGAGGUCUCUGCCCGCAUGGCUGGCUGCAUCACCAAAUCACAAGAUCAGACGAAGAAGCACCGAGCAGGGCGACUCCUGCAAAGCUCUUCAUGGAUAUGACACCAAGUUAGGAGACAACACCCACCAUUAUACCUUCAAUGACCUGAGUGGUUCAGUGUCGCUGGCCUGGGUGGGAGAUGGCACAGGGGUCAUCCUGGCUUUGACGACUUUUCAGGUGCCUUUCUUCAUGAUAAGACUGGGGCAGUCCAAACUCUAUCGAAGUGAGAACUAUGGGAAGUCAUUCCAGGAUGUCACCAGCCUCAUCAACAACACCUUCAUCAGAUCAGAGUUUGGUAUUGCUAUUGGCCCAGAGAACUCUGGGAAAGUGAUCCUGACAGGUGAUGUGUCCGGAGGUCACGGGUCUCGGAUCUUUGUCUCUGAUGACUUUGGGAAAAGUUUCACCCACAGGGACCUGCCCUUCACCCCUCUGAUGCAGAUCACAUACAACCCUGAGAAUUCCCAAGUGCUGCUGGUCCUCAGCAACAACAAUGAAAUGUGGCUCUCUGAAGAUUUUGGCAGCAAUUGGAAAAAGGUCCACGACAUGGUGUGUCUGGUGAAAUGGGGAAGUAAAAAUUCCAUCUUCUUCACAGCCAACCUCAACGGAUCCUGCAGUGAUCGGGGAAUGCUGGAACUGAGGAGGACGACAGACUAUGGUAAAACCAUCAAGACUGUCGCCAGUAAGAUCUACUCUUUUGGCCUGGGUGGACGGUUCCUCUUUGCCUCCGUGAUGACAGGCAAGGGGACUCUGAGAAUGAUCCACGUGUCAGUGGACCAGGGUGAGACGUGGAACAUGGCCCAGCUCCCCCCCGUUGGUCACGAGCAGUUCUAUUCCAUCCUGGCAGCGAACGAUGAAAUGGUCUUUAUGCAUGUUGACGAGCCAGGAGAUACAGGCUUUGGUACCAUUUAUGUAUCAGAUGACCGGGGCACUGUGUACUCCAAGUCAUUGGAGCGUCACCUUUAUACCACCACGGGGGGUGAUACAGACUUCACUAACGUCACCUCCCUGCGUGGAGUUUUCAUCACCAGUGUCCUGGCCGAAGGUGACUCUGUGCAGUCUGUGGUGUCCUUUGAUCAGGGAGGGGAAUGGGUUCCCUUGAGGAAACCUGCCAACAGCAAGUGUGACUCUACUGCCAAGGACCCAGAAAAGUGCAGUCUCCACAUCCACGCAGCCUACAGUACUGCUAUGAGGCUCAAUGUUCCCAUGCUGCCUCUGAGUGAACCAAAUGCUGUUGGUCUCAUCUUAGCUCAUGGGAGUGUUGGUGAUGCCAUCUCAGUGAUGAGGCCUGAUGUAUAUGUGUCUGAUGAUGGAGGGUACACCUGGAUAAAGGCCCUCGAUGGACCUCAUCACUACGCCAUUCUGGACUCUGGAGGGCUGCUGGUGGCUGUGGAGCACAGCCUCACUCAACCUGUCAACCAGAUCAAGUUUUCCACUGAUGAAGGACAGUGCUGGGGUGUGUACAACUUCACUGAUGAACCCAUCUACUUCACCGGGCUGGCAUCAGAGCCGGGAGCUCGAUCUAUGAAUGUCAGUAUCUGGGGCUACAGAGACUCCCUCCUGAGCCAGUACUGGAUCUCCAUCACCAUUGACUUCAGGGAUCUUCUGACCAGAGACUGUGAGGACAAGGACUAUGUGCAGUGGUUGGCCCACUCGGAUGACAUUAGCGACCCCAAUGAUGGUUGCAUGCUGGGCUACAAAGAGAAGUUCCUGCGUCUCAGAAAGGACUCGGUCUGCUGGAACGGACGAGAUUACCAGGUUAACACCCAGCCAACCCCAUGUCCGUGCACCCUGGAUGACUUCCUAUGUGACUUUGGAUAUUACCGUCAAGAGAACAGCUCAGAGUGUGUGGAGCAGCCGGACCUGAAAGGGAAAGUGCUGGAGUUCUGUCUUCAUGGCAAAGAGGAGCAACUGCAGACUAGUGGCUACAGGAAAAUCCCUGGAGAUAAGUGUGAGGGAGGAGAGAUGCCUGAGCGUAAGGAGAUUGACCUCAGUAAGAGGUGUGUGAGUGACCUGGUGGGCCCAGAACUUCUGAUAGACAGCCAUUCCUCCAAGUCUGUACCCAUUGUGAUAACAGUCAUCGUGGUCAUGCUGCUGAGCAUUGCAGCAGGAGUUGUCUUUGUCAAGAAAUAUGUCUGCGGUGGCAGGUUCUUGGUUCACAGGUACUCUGUGCUGCAGCAGCAUGUUGAGGACAAUGCUUCUGAGGGGAUCGACGACCCACUCGAGACCGACCACACUCAGAAUGGCAAGAUAGAGUUUCAUGACGACUCAGAUGAGGACCUGCUUGAAUAGCAGGCAGAACCUGACAACCACCUUGUGGCUGGCCGCUGUUCCUGUCACUCUUCUGUCUCCAGCUACUUCUUCCUUUCACUCUCUAGUAUGACCUUUGGCCUCAGCUACCAGACGAAGAGUCUGUGUCACUCUGCUGUCAUCUGUGAAGUUAAAUGAAUGUAUGGAGGCGUCCCGGGACUAAUGCACAGUUGAGGAGAACUAAGGAGGUCUUGUAGUGUUGUGCUUCACUUACUGAUUCUAUUGAUCGAGUUUGAAUCUCUAAGUUAAAUGAAGAACUGAUGCAGUAAUUUGAACUGCUGACCGAGAAAUGGGUUUUGAUGCAAAGCUAUUUGUAUAAAUCCACCACCAUUGCAUUACGGGUCCUGCCUCUCCCAUCACCUGGGAGUGCUCCUGGAAGUACUUUUCACUUCUGUUGAAGAUCUGUGUCUUUUUUUUCCUCAUGCACUUGUACAUAAACCUGUUUUUUUUUUUUUUUGCCAUUUUUGAUGUGGUGUCAGUUUGGAAGGUGUUAAAAAGAUUGCCGUUGGAAAAUAACUCUCCCAAACCACUUGAGUCAUAAUCCCUAUGUUCAGUGAAGUAUUCGUUUGUCAAAAAGUGUGCCCCGGUCAGCCAAGAAUAUGUAAAUUUUAGGUUUUCCGCCUCCUCUCUUGGCACUGAUUUGUGAAAUCCCUUGUUGUAGUCUGUAUUUGGAAUACAAGCCUGCAUACUUUUGGUACUCCAUGGCGCUGAGAUUCAUGGUCAAAGUAGUAACACACAAGUAAUAAGACAUUUGCUUUAGGUUUGAUAGCAAUAAGAUUCAGUAUAUUGUCCAUGCACAUUGGAUAAUCCUAUUGGCACAAUAAGGUCUCCAGUUGCUCCAUUCGAUGAAUGGAGACGUUUUUGUGUGAAACGCAUUACGCGUCGGUGUACAGGGGGUUAAAGUGUGUCUGUUUCAAGACAGGAUUUGUUUAAAAAAAAAAAAAAGUGUCUGCAGUUCUCACUGCCUAAAGCACAAUGUCCUUUGUAUGCUAAGAAUUUGUAGUUUAACAUUUUUCCUAAGUGUGGCCUAAUGAUUUAUGUGAUAAUUCUGUAUUAAUCACUGUAGUCAUACAAGUUGUGUUUAUAAUCAUUCGAGCAGUUUUUGUACUAACAAACUUUUGAGCUUAUGUGGCAAAUAACAAAGAUGUUGACAGAAAUGAGAAAUAAUUAUAGUUUGAUAGUAAAUGUCUUCAAAUAUUUUUUACAACAUAUUCAGAUUAACCCAACAUGUCAGUACAAUCUGGUGACAGAAACACGGGAACAAUGUGGGGAAAAAGAAAAAAGAACACCCAGUUCAAUAAUGUACAUUUUGUAUAGCAUAAUUAACACUGUACCCUGUUAGUAACAGAUAUGGUUGCAUAAGCUGCAGCGCCAUAUGAGACUGGUGUUUGUCUUUUUGUUUGUUUUUUCGUAUUUGCAUCUGAGGUGGAGAAAAUUCUCUGAAAUAACAGGGUUACUGAAAGUCUCUCAUCUGUGUCUUUCACAGUAAACUGCUAUUUGUUUUUAAUCACUUUGAUACUACGGUCACAUUGAAGCUAAACUGGAUUGGCCAGUGCCUCUUAGUAGAUCUGUCUUGUCUAUCAAGUCUUACAGGAUGUUUUUUUUCCUUAUGAAUAUUUGUUGCACAAUCAUUUUUCUGUCUUGUUUUAAUUAUGUUGGUUUCAUACAGGUUUUAUUUAUUGGUGACUAGCAGGUUCAGAGUGCAGUAAGCUGGAUGUGCAAGUGCCUGGUGUGAGGAUAUGAUGCAAGGCCCUCCCAAUGUGUGGCCAGCGACUAUCCACUGAUAAUUUAUAUCAACUAAUAUGUAACCAGUGUCAUCCAGUAUGUCAGUGACACCCCGUAGCUGCAUUUGUUGACUAAAAUGAAUCCUUGAGCAGUAAAGAACAUGUCUAUUUCAUAUGGUCUCCCCCUCAACUGUAUGUUAACUCUGAAUAAUUUCUAAAUCCACUGAACUCUGUAAAGAAAAUAGCCUAUAAUAACCUGGUUAUUCUGUCUUUCAGGUCUUGAUGUGAGACUGAAUUCUGGCUGUGAUACCUUGACAAGAGAGUUAACUCAAAUAAAAAAACAGAAUGGAUACAGGGUUAUUAUGCAUCUGCUGUACACUGGGAGAGACUUGCUGAGUUCUAAUUUAAUGAGGGUUUAGUGCAUUAAUUGAGGGUAAUACAUUUUUCUUACAGUUAAACACUGCUGUAUAAAUUAAUAAGUCAUUGUGAUGGUUCUGUAAAUAUACAAGGUUACAUCUUUGUAUCUGCACUGUUUCUCUCUUCUGUAUAUUUGAGGCAAUUUUCUUUGGGUUUGCCAAUAAAUUCAUAUGUUCCUCUA